AUGUCUGCAGACGCGUCGUCCGCUGCUAAUAGCGCGGGCUCAUCAGAGGCUCGUGAGCUGAGCUUAGUCUCGAAAGUCGAGCUGAGAAUCGCCCUGGCAGACACCGACGAGAAGCUCCAGCGGCUGCUGCAGACGUAUCUGGCUCCGCUGCUGCUCAAGCUGGCGUCGGAGAGCCUGGCCGUGCGCAACAAGGUCAUCGCCGUCUGCCACCACAUCAACACCAGGAUCCAGCCGCAGUCGAUCCAGCUGCCCGUGCCCGCCCUGCUGAAGCAGUUCAAGGAGCAGAAGUCGCAGCUGAUCCGCCAUUUUGACCUGAUCUACAUCCAGCACGGCAUCGACCGCCUGGACCCGUCGGCCAGGGCCGAACUCCUGCCGGCUGUGCUCGAGGGCGUCUCGCAGCUGGAGACCACGUCUGAUCAGGCUGCUAGUGUCUUCAAUCUUGUUCUCAGGCUGUUGCCUCUGCUCAAACUCCCCAAGAAAGACAGCCCCGAGGACGCCGGACUUAAGGGGAAGCUUGCUCUGUCCGACGAAGAUACGCGGUUUCUGUCCUCGUGGUUCGGGAAGCUGUUUCUCCUGUCUCCAGGAGGCAAAGAUGCCCGAACCUGUCCAGGGCUUGCGCCAUCUGAGUACCGUUUUCUGAACAAAGCGUCUUCCCCAGAGGAGACCUGGAAUCCAGCCAAAAAGGGCGGACUGAAUCUGACGGAGACGAAAGUCGCCGUUGCGAGAUUCCUGGCAAGCGGCGCCUUUACGAACGCUGAGAGAUUUCUCCCUGCUGUGAUUGCUUCUGCAGACGCGAAUUCUCGUCUCGCAGAGAUUGGGGAUGAUAUCCUCAAGCGAUUCACCCCGGACCUGGAGGAUUCCGACGUGGUGGAGCAGCUUUAUAGACUCUAUUUCGGAACGGAAGGUGAUGAUGCAGCGCCUCCUGUGCGGACUGCGCUGCAAGUCAAAAUCCUGGGUCUUCUCGGGAGAUCUGUCAAGGCUACGACGUACACGGAUAGGAUCAUCAGAUUACUCGACGAAGGGCUAUUCUCAGACGCGGCAAAGUCUGCCCAGGGUCUACAGGCCUCUAAACUGAGAUCGCAGAUCUUCACAUUCACCACCUGGGUGGUCCGAGUGGGUGCCCCAUCUGACUUGGAGCUCAUCGCGCCCAAGGCGAUAACGGGCCUGAGGGAGUUUGUGGAAUCGCAAGGAUGGCCCGACCCAGGAGUCAGCGGCCAGAAGCUUUCCCAUGCUGACCUUGGCCUGCGCGGUCUUGCUUACGAAAGUAUUGGCAUCUUAGCCCCCAAAUUAGCAAGAAAAACUGCUGCCGGUGACCCAGACGAUGGUCUUGACAUGGACCUUUUAAUCUGGCUGUUCAGAUCUCUCGGCUCUGACGCCUCGGGCCCGGAGAUCUUUGUCAGUAUUGAACAAGCGCUCGGCAGUAUUCUGAGCUCGUUUACGGGGACCUCCAGCGAGGACGUGCAGCAACAGCUGCGUACUUUUCUCAUGUUUCAGAUGAGAACUCGGCCAGGUGAAGACGAUCCGUCCACGGGCUUUAAAAUCGUUCGCAGCACCCGCUUCGCUGCUGUAAGAUUUGCCAACCGCUGUCUACCAUACAGUGAUUCGAUAGCGCGAUGGAUCGACCUCGUCGCUGUUGGGGCUGGAGUCGAUGGACAGCGGGAGAUUGUCGAGGAGGGGAAGAAAGGUCUCCAUCCUUACUGGUACCGGCUGCUUAACCCGAGCAAGGACGGGACAGGGACAGCAUCUACUUCAACCGACGUCGAACAGAAUCCCCGUUAUGAAUUCCCAAGAUUCCGGGACCUGCCUGUGGUGUUUGGCAUGUUCCGGGCCCCGGCAGAAUACGUCGGUGCGUUUGCACCAGCUGUCAGAUUUCAUAGACAUCUCCUCAUCUGGGAAGCGUUCUCAAGAGCGCAGAUUCCCGUGCAGAUCGAUCAGGACUGGGAGAACAGACUCGACACGCUUCUUCGGUCAGACGAGCCUGCGCGUUCUGCAUUGAGAGAAUACAUCCGGCAUCACACGGAACACGAUGUCAUCCGUCUUUUCCUGGAGUCUGCUCUAGACGGUCUCCUUUCUAGGGAUGGGACCGCAGCAACGGACUGUGGCACUGAUUUCGUAGAUGUGAGCUCUCUCACUCCGAACGAGAUAUUGAGCACUCUCGUCGACCGCGCACCUUCGUUACUGGAUCGUAUAUAUUCAACCAAUGACCAUGCGACACAGCACGUGGCUGCGCGAGCGUUUGGUAUUCUGGCUUCUCACGCUUCGCUCCCCGAGGACGAGUGCCGUCGUUUACAGACUGAGCUGGUGCAACGUAUUGCGAGUUGGCAGGGCGCAUUUGGACAAGUAGCAAACCAGGUUCGAGGAGCGCUCCUUGCGGCAGCUUAUCUUCUCGGCAGACUUGCAUACCGCAGAAGGCUGCAAGUCAUCCCGGAUGCACAGGUCCGUCAAUGCAUCUCUACUGUUGUAGAUGUACUGGCAAAUUCGCGCGACUCUCAACUCCGAGAAGCGGCACAGUUAGCAAUCGGCCAGUUCAGUCUUGCGGAAAUCUUGAACCCAACGAUCAUAUCCGAGAUCAGCGAUUGGAAGACGGUCAAAGACAAGCUAGUGGAGUAUGCAAAGAAGGAACAAGAAACUGCGAUCCGCACACUGGGCCAGAUAUCAUUGAUCAUGCCAAAGGACGGAGACAAUAUCUCGAUGUUCGAUGAGAUCUUGACGGCCCUUUACAACUUGCACGAAAUCCGAAAGCCAGAGGUACAGUUUACUGUCGGAGAAUCACUGAGCACUGCUGCAGCAGGCUGGAAGUCGAAAUCAUUGAUUGGGGAGUUCGAUGUUGACGAAACGCCUCUGGAGACCAAUGUCCCCGAGACUGUUCUCGCAGACAUGGCCGACAAACUGAUAGAGGGCUGUGGCGCCUCUAAGCCAUCGCUGAGGAAGGCGUCUGCGAUAUGGCUGCUCUGUCUUGUCAAAGACUGCGGCCAGCUUGAUGCGGUUCAGACGCGCCUGCGCAAAUGUCAAGCAGCUUUCACAGGCCUGUUGGCGGAUCGGGACGAAGUCGUUCAAGAGUCCGGCUCGAGAGGGCUCACUCUUGUGUACGAGAUGGGCGAUCAGGAUCUGCGAGACGAUCUCGUCCGAGACCUGGUGCGCUCCUUCACUGGCAACACAUCCAAUCUCGGAGGGGGCAAAAUCAGCGAAGAGACCGAGCUGUUCGAACCAGGCGUUCUGCCAACCGGCGAGGGUUCGUCCAUCACCACCUAUCGAGACAUCAUGAAUCUUGCCUCCGAAGCCGGAGACCCCAGCCUGGUGUACCGCUUCAUGUCGCUCGCGUCCAACAACGCCAUCUGGUCGAGCCGGGCGGCGUUCGGAAGAUUCGGUCUCAGCAGCGUGCUCUCUGACUCGAGCGUCAACGGGUAUCUGGCGCGAAACCCGAAGAUCUACCCGAAGCUGUAUCGCUACCGCUUCGACCCUAAUCCGAACGUCCAGCGGUCGAUGAACGACAUCUGGCGUGCGCUGGUCAAAAACCCCAAUGCGGUGCUGGACGCCCACUUCGACGAUAUCAUGGAGGAUCUGCUACAGAGCAUCUUGGCUGGCAGGGAAUGGCGUGUCCGCCAGGCUAGCUGUGCUGCGAUCGCAGAUUUGAUCCAAGGACGCCCGCUGGAGAAGUACGACAAGUACAUGGGUGAGAUACUGACGAAGGCAUUUAAAGUCUUGGACGACAUCAAGGAAUCGGUCCGGAUAGCUGCUUUGAGACUCUGCCAGGUCAUUACCAACAUGUUGAUUCGCACGCUAGAGACCGGCGAUACAGGCUCUAAGCGAGCCAAAGCAAUACUCGCGCAUAUCGUUCCUUUCCUCCUCAGCCAAGAAGGCAUGGAAUCCAGCGUGCAGGAAGUGCAGGCCUACGCGAUCACAACAUUGAUACAGAUCAUCAAGAAGAGUCCAGGAGUAAUGCUGCGCCCGUUCGUUCCUCAGAUACUGGAGAAGUUUGUGGCCUCAUUGAGUUUUCUGGAGCCUCAAGCUGUCAACUACAUCCAUCUAAAUGCAGACAAGUACGGCCUCACUGGUCAAGAGAUCGAUAAGAUGAGGCUCUCGAGUAUCCGCAUGUCUCCCAUGAUGGAGUCAAUCGAGCGGUAUCUACUAGAUGGUCUGGAUGAAGCCAGCAUGAAAGAAGUCGCAGACAGACUCGACGGUGUCCUCCGUUCCGCGGUAGGACUGCCAUCUAAGGUUGGCUGCAGCAGAGUCCUUGUCUUAUUGAGCACGAAAAGCCUUCUCUUCCGUCCAUACGCGGAUCGGUUCAUUCAGCUUCUGAAGAAGUAUGUCUUGGACCGCAACGAUACCGUGAGCGUGGCCUACAGCACCGCCAUCGGAUAUCUCGUUCGAUUAGCGACCGAUGAUCAGGUCUUGGACACUCUCAAAUUCGCCGAGUCACUUUAUUUCACCGCUGAAGAGACUCAUCACCGAGUCGUAUCGGGAGAGAUACUGCAUUCCAUGUCCAAGUUAUCCAGUGACCGUUUUGCAGCCUUCGCAGCCGCUGCGUUACCCUUUGUCUUCGUAGCCAAGCACGAUACGGAUGAGCAGGUUCGGGAGCCUUUCGACAAGACCUGGCAAGACAAUGUUGGCGGCUCUCGCUCCGUCGCCCUGUACCUAAAGGAGAUCCUCAAUAUAAUCUCCGAGCAUCUCGAUUCUCCGCGCUGGGCGAUCAAACACACCGCAGCACUGGCAGGAGCAGAUGCUAUCAUGUGCCUGGAUAAAACUCUCGAUCAAUCUACUGGUGAACUGGUGUGGCCUGUCUUGGAGAAGGCGCUCGCUGGUAAGACGUGGGAUGGCAAAGAGACCGUGCUCAAGGCAUUUGUCAGAUUCUCGGAGAGUGCCAAGGCGACAUGGCAAGCCCGGGAAGAUAUCAGGACGCAGAUGAAAGUCAUUGCCCUCAGAGAGGCCAAGAGAAAUAAUCCAGUGUAUCGCCCGCAUGGCCUCAAUGCUCUAGCUGAAUUCGCCGAGAUCAGGGACGACCUGAACCUUCUGCCAGACGCUAUGUCCAUCGUGGCCCCAAUAGUCGAGGAGCUGACUGACGACGGCAAAAUGGAAAUAGACUCGGAUAAUUCCAUCAAGCCCAGGAGCGAGGAGACGCUAGCCGCAUGCGUCAAUUGCCUUCUCCGAUGCGUUAACCCCACCGUAGAGCAGUCAAGUUCAGUGCUGAAGGAACACUUAUCCGCAAUCUCUGCCCUUGUCGAGGAAGCCCUGAAACGCGGCAGCAGGCCAGUCCAAGACGCACUCUAUACUGGGCUGCAAACUGUUUUCGGAAGGAUCGGGACGAGGUUGUCCCAGAGGGGCAACGACCAGCCUCUGGAUGCCGGCGAGCUGGAAGGGGCCAUGGGGGAGCUGGCUGAUCGGUUGCUCUUUCGGGAUCUCGAUCCGACCAUCGAGAGCCUUCGAACCAAACGUGCCAGGGCAGCGGAGGAAUACAUCGCCGUGUCCCGGCAGGCAGGAUUCGGAGUGCGCGAGAGCGCGAGGCAGUCGAUUGCAGCGUGGCUUACGCAGGAGCGAGCUGCGCCUAUCCAACGCAUUCUUAACGACGCCCUGCGGAAGCUUGACAAGUAG